AUGGAAGCCAAAGCCAUUUUGCUUAAACCUUUGCUCAAAUUCAUUCAUAACGAUUUUCACGAAGUUGUAGAAAGAAUGACUCUAAUUGAUAGAUUUAUGUUUCUUAUAAUUCACUUGGUGGACAAGUUGGGGAUAUGGCACCGCUUACCUGUGUUCUUAGGUCUAACAUACCUAGCCAUGCGUCGACAUCUUCAUCAAGAGUACAACUUGUUCAACGUCGGAAAAUCGCCAGUCAGAGUAAGAUUUAAUCCGGUUGAAAUUCCUUUCAGAACAGCUGAUGGAAAAUUCAAUGAUCCCUUCAACGAAAUUGCCGGCAGCCAAGGAUCGUUCUUUGGCAGGAACAUCCUUCCUGUUGAUCAACAACAUAAGAUAAUGAAGCCGGAUCCUAUAAUUGUGGCAACGAAGCUGCUGGCACGUAGAAAAUACAUCGACACGGGAAAGCAAUUCAAUGUAAUUGCUGCUUCCUGGAUACAGUUUAUGAUUCAUGACUGGGUUGAUCACAUGGAGAAUACUGACCAGCAGGUUGACCUUAUUGCACCUAAAGAAGUGGCAAGUCAAUGCCCUCUCAAGUCUUUCAAGUUCUACAAGACGAAGGAGGUUUUCACCGAUCACGGCUAUAGAGGUAUCCAGAGUGGCCAUUUGAACAGCAGAACACCGUGGUGGGAUGGGAGUGUUGUAUACGGUAGCAAUGAAGAAACUCUGCAGAAAGUAAGGACUUUCGAGGAUGGAAAACUCAAGAUUUCAGAAGACGGGCUUCUUCCCCAACAAGACGGGCAAGUCAUUUCUGGUGAUGUUCGUAAUAUCUGGGCUGGCCUCUCCACAUUGCAAGCCCUCUUUGUGCAAGAACACAAUGCAGUCUGUGAUGCCCUGAAGAACGAAUAUCCUAAUCUGAACGAUGAGGACCUGUACCGGUAUGCAAGGCUGGUCACUUCGGCUGUUAUUGCCAAAGUCCACACAAUUGAUUGGACUGUUGAGCUUCUGAAGACUGACAUGUUGCGAGCAGGAAUGCGUGGCAACUGGUAUGGAUUGCUUGGGAAGAAGUUUAAAGAUACAUUUGGACACAUUGGAGGAGCCAUAUUGGGCGGCCUCGUGGGCCUGAAGAAACCUAACAAUCAUGGCAUCCCCUAUUCAUUGACCGAGGAAUUUGUGAGUGUUUAUAGGAUGCAUUCCCUUUUACCCGAUAAGCUUCUCCUGAGGAAUGUUGAUACAUCACCAGGACCGAACAAAUCUCCUCCUUUAGAUAAAGAAAUGGAUAUGCGUGAACUGAUUGGUCAUAAAGGAGAAGAGAACUUGCAAAAUAUUGGCUUUACCAAGCAAAUGGUAUCAAUGGGACACCAAGCAUGUGGCUCCCUUGAGCUUUGGAAUUAUCCCAAUUGGUUUAGGGACCUCAUCCCCCAAGAAGUAGAUGGCAGUGAUCGGCCCGACCCUGUUGACUUACCUGCUCUCGAAAUUUACAGGGACAGAGAAAGGAAUGUCGCCAGAUACAAUGAUUUCAGAAGGUCCCUCCUUUUGAUUCCCAUUUCAAAAUGGAAUGAUCUAACAGAUGAUGAGGAAGCUGUCAAAGCUCUUCGAGAAGUCUACGGUGAUGAUGUAGAGGAGCUUGAUCUUCUUGUGGGACUCAUGGCAGAGAAAAAGAUCAAGGGAUUUGCUAUUAGCGAGACGGCCUUUAUUAUUUUCCUCAUCAUGGCACCAAGGAGAUUAGAGGCGGAUAGAUUUUUCACGAGUGAUUUUAAUGAAGAGGCAUAUACAAAGAAAGGGCUGGAAUGGGUAAACACAACUGAAAGCCUCAAAGAUGUGUUAGAUCGGCAUUACCCUGAGAUGACAAAGAAAUGGAUGAACUCAAGUAGUGCAUUUUCAGUAUGGGAUUCAGCACUGGAGCCUUACAAUCCCUUUCCCCUCUAUCUUCGAGUUUCCCUAUGA